AUGCUAAGCCUAAGCAAGCUUUGCGAGAUUGAACUGGUAAGAAAUUAUAGGCUAUUAGAAGAUGUGUCUAACGUUCCAUAUAGAUUGAUUUCAAAUGCAUUAAAGUUGAUGAAAGUAGACCAAAUCCGUCGUUUAGAGGCUGCAAAUGUAUUAUUGAUAUUUGAUGAUGAUGAACUUUGGGAAAAUUUUGUCAAACAAGAAUUCCCAUUAAGAGUUAGUGAUUUAUAUACAUCAAGAAGAGAUAUUAUUCAAACUUAUUAUUUAAGUUUUGUUAAAAAGAAUGAUCCUGAAUUAUUUAAUAAUGAUCGUGAACUUAUUGAUAAUCUAUUGAACAGUUCAAUAAAAAAGUGUCACUUGAAUAAUAAAUUCAGGCUGCCUUAUAGGCUGCUAUAUCUAAGGUAUGAGGAAGAUGAUAUUAGAAAAGCAAAACAAAGUACAGAAAGAUUAAGAUUGCAAAUGCGUAAAAUUAAAGAGGAAAGAGAGUCGAAACAAUCUGUAAAAGUGGAUCAUUUAUUCUAUUCCCAUAAUAAUAAUAUAGGAACUAAACGGAAGGCUAAACUUCAAAAUGAUAGAAGUGACUUAUUUAAAAAAUCACUUAAACAACACCAAACAAGGUUGAAAAAAUUUAAAGAUGGAGGUUUUGAUAUUGCCAAAGGCCAUGCAAAAAGAGUUGCAUUUGGAGGUGUUGCAGGUGGAUAUCAUCAACGACCACUGGCUAAUGAUAGAAAUAAUAAUAAUAAUAACAAUAAUAAUGAUGAUGAUGAUAAUGACAUUGAAAUUGACAUUGAAAUUGACAUUGACAAUAACAAUAGCAAACUCGAGGCUAAAUCCAAAAAUUUAUCUACUAAUGAAACUACAAUUAAAAAUGGGUGUGAACAAGAAUUGAUAAAUAAAGAUAAUGAGAAGGAUUUAACUAAAAAUGCUAUUAUUCCUCAGAAAAGAAGAUCAGGUAUAACUAAUAUAUUCUUGACUAAAAAGAAACCGAAUUUAUCACCAUCACCUACAAAAAAACUUAAUGAUACAGUGAAAGCUUCAUCAAGUAUUCCAAUUAUAAAGAAUGGAAUAAAGUCAACAGGUAGUUCUGAUCCAAAGAUUGGAAAGAAGAAAGAAUCUGGAAUAUUUUCAAAGAACAGGUUUAUGUCAACUCUUCCUAAGACUAAAAACACUAAAAAGAUAUAUAUACAUGAUAAAAAGAAAUAG